AUGUGAGAGGUGCCUUUCUAUUGGUGGGGCGAGGUCUGUUGCUGUUGGGCCUGUCAGCCUUGAUGGUGUCAUAUUUUUAUCCACGCCUGAGGUCUUUGUUCUCCUCCAACACCGGACCAACAUCUGAAUGUAGGUGACUGUCUAUUAAACAGGCGAGCCCCAUAUUACUCAUUGAAGUCAUGCGUUCCAUUUGGGGGGGGGGGGGUUGUUUUGUUACGUUGCCUUUAUUUUGUAUAACAGUCGCCAGUCUUGGUCCCUCUACAUUUAGUUAGGCCUUUAUUACAACAGAGCUAGCUUUCCAAAACCCUUCCUAUCCAUGCAUAGGGUUUUUAGCGGUUAGGUUCAUCCACAGUUGGCAGCAUCUGAACUACAAUUCUAACGCUGUGUUUUAACGUUUAGAAACGUCAAGUCAUCGCUUUCAAACCGUUUUGAUAUGCCCCUUUCAUAUCGGCGAGGAAAUAAUAUUUCAAAUAAAAAAGAUACUGUAGCAGUUUUGCACAAACUGUGUGCCUCCAGUUGACGAACUACACUUCCUCCCCAGUUACGUUUACAUACAGGUGUUUGGAGCACGCCAGAUAGCUAAUUAGCACAGGUGGCCUUCUGUCUGUCUUCCGCAAACAAACGAUGUGACGUUGCCGUGUGGGAACCCUAACCCUAUAAAGGUGUGUAGUAAUAUAAUAUUUUAUUUUAACCUUUUUACUUUCCAAAACCGUACUGCAAGCGAUGCUUUUAACGUUCAGCACGAGCGUCGGGGAUCUCCCCCGACCAGAAGAUACUACUUUCAAUAGGCGCUAAAGCAGUUAGCGUCUAUGAAUGGGUCACAGCAGAGCCAGAAGAACGUCACCAACACACCUGAUUCAACUAAUCUAGGUCAUUAGUUGAUUAGCUGAAUCUGGUGUUUCAGUACUGGCCUGGAAUAAACCCCUGCACAUCCUGUGAGUCUCCCAAGACCUGGGUUGUAUCAGAGAUACUGGAUAUAAUGAUGAGAUGCUUGUCUCCGCCCUAACAUUGGGAUUUGUUUUCUGAAUAGUCGAUGAGGGGUGUUGACGUCAACCGCCUGUAUUCAAUGGAAAGUGGUAUGCUAUGCUAGCACUUACACUUUAGUCAUUUAGCAGACGCUCUUAUCCAGAGCGAUUUACAGGAGCAAUUGGGGUUAAGUGCCUUGCUCAAGGGCACAUCAAAACCUAGUCUGCUUGGAGAUUCGAAGCAGCGACCUUUCGCUUACUGGCCCAAUGCUCUUAACUGCUAGGCUACCUGCCGCCCUAGCCUCAUAUGCAUAGUUCGUCUCUAAUUUCAACAGGGACAACUCUGAUAGUGUUUUUUCUCCAAGUUGCCGGGAUGUCACGUGCAUCACACUUAUAUCAGUACACUCGUAACCUAAGCAUUAUGACACUUCUAUUGGAUCAAAUAAGCAUCACGGAUCAAAAUAGCAAUUCAUUUUAAGGAAAUGGGCCGGAAGCGGAGAGGGACCGUCUUGAAUGCCUGUUUUCACUAAUGAAUAUAACACACAUUGAAACUAAAAUCUGUGCUCUUAGUUUUCUUCCAUUUGCAUCUACUGAACACAGCCCAGGCACCCACUGUUGUUCAACUUCUGAUACCAGGCCUACGAUGUCUUCUGAAAAUUGUGAAGCAAUUGAUGGUUGAAAUUAAAGUAAGCAUCUCUUCCAGAUUCUGACGAUGAGGAGGCAAAACAAAGACAAAAGCAGGCAAGGGAGGAGCUUCAGGAGAAACACCGUGAGAAGGUAACAUGGCCUUUCAGCAAAAAACAACUAAACAGCACUGCUCUAUUUUAACAGAGUAGGCUAAUACUUUCCUGUGUGUGUGUUUCCCUUUCAGGCCUUCUCUUAUCAGGAGUCAGUGCUGAGACCUCGUCAGGAGUCUUCUAUGAGGAAGAAAGAGGAGCGAUUCUACCGCAUGACCGGAGAGGCCUGGAAGCUGACUGACGGAGAACAACUUGGAGUGAGAAUAACUUUAACUACCAGAUACCACCUAUGGAACUGUAUAAAACAAACCAUAUAUAUAACAUAGUGGCUGGGUGACCGGAUUCUCUGGACACAUCUUCCCGGUAGCUAAACAACCGUACCUUCUGCGCAUGUGCUACUUUACGUGUUACGAAAUAAGUUGUAGGUUGUUAUUUACGGUUAAAACGCAGAUUGUUUUGCCCCAGUGCAAUGUGUAGAGAAGGCUAGGCUACAUGUUGCAUGUUGUCAUGGACACUAAAUGUGUUUGGUUUCAUGCCACAAGUAGAAUAAAAAGAAACAUAUUUUUCAGUGGACCAGGUAAAGCUAUCAAUGAAUGAAUAAAACAUGAUAAUAAUUGAUAUUGUACUCUGUUUCAAAUUUGCUUGGACAAUGAACAGCGUGCUUAGUCCAUGGACUGCAGUACUUGCUUUCUUCCACUGGAGAGAGCAAUUGUACACACCUCUUACAUUUUUUUGGCCUUUUGAUAGACUUCUAUGGACAAGAUCCUCAGUGAGGUGUGCCAACUUUAAAUGUGUUAUUUAUGUGGCUACAGGAAGGAGAAACGUCAGGGCAGAGCGCCCAGGAGGAUGUUAAUGGCACACCCAAUCAGGAGGCAGUAAGAAGGAGGAAACUGCCAGAGAGUGCCACCAGAGUCCACCCCAAACCUGAGGCCCCUCCCAAAAAAAGGGUGCGUAUACUGAGUGCCUCUAUUCAGGAUAAUAUGAUGCUAAUGGAAUGGAUCUGGAAAUGGUUUUAUUCCAUGGUUAGUGCUAUUCAGAAUCAUUGGGACGUCCCUACCCUAUACCCCUACCAUAACCAUUUUAAAUGUAAACUUCAAUGAGGUAAGGUCAGAGUUGAGACGUCCCAAGGAUCCCGGAUAGCGCCGUCCUUUAUUCCAUGUCAGGUUAGUCCCUCUAUAGUUUAUUAUUUCACUAAAGCAGAGGGAGUCAUUGUUUUGUGUUUAGGCCGGGAUUCAAUCUGAUCACGCUUUGUCGGCUAUGCACCUUUUUAAAGACGUUCAGAGACCGCAUUCACAGUAAACACUGCAUAUGUCGGCUCAAUCGGAAGUGACCUUUUUAAAUGGUGCAUAGUCGACAAAGCACGAUGGGAUUCAAUCCUGGCUUAAGACCCCAAUUGUUUGUGCUUUUUUGCUCUCUGGAUUGAAAAGGUGGUUGUUUUACCAGAGGAGCCAGCAGAGGAUGCUGAAGGGGUAUGUAUUAUAAUAUUUACCCUUUCUUGUCCAAUGGAGUGUUCGCUCUUACAUCAAUGUUACACUAUGAAAUGUGAAGAGGAUACACAUUUACACUCUAAUCAAUAUUGUUUAGUCUGUACUACAUUGGUUUGUCAAUGCAAACAAUUAAUGAUUGGCAAAAGGUGGUCAGUGUGAGUAUGUCGAGGUUUCAUUGCUGCAGGACUGUUUUUUUUUUUCUUGACCUUCCUUUGAUAGGUUGUACGGGUGGCUUUGAGAUGCCCAAGUGGAAGAACAAUUCACAGAAGAUUCCUGAAAUCCGACAGCUCCUCAGUGAGAAUAAAGGAGUCUUCCCCCCCCCCAUUUCAUAGAUAUAGUCAAACUUUCCUUUAUAACAUGGCCUCAGUACUAUUCAGUAGUUAAGUCAAUAAGAUAUUUAAGUUUUAUAUAAUCAUUAACAUGUUUAAGUCUAAAAUAAUAAAAAUAGUUUAUUAGCUUAGGAAGAUUGUACUAUUGUGAUUUGAAGAAAACCCUUGUGUUCUGUAGGUUCUUUUGGACUGGUUGCUGAAAACGGGAUAUCACCCUACAGUCUACACAUUAUGCACCACCUACCCCAGACAACCCUUGGUCACUGGGAAAGACAUAAGUAUGGGGGAUGCAGGCAUUUUAACGCACACAGUAUUAAAUGUGGAAGAGAAAGAUCCCUCCACGACC